GCAUCGCUGUCGCCAACAGGUGACGACACCAUGGAAUUGAUGUACAGCCCUAUGUCCACGUCCUGCCGGGCCGUACUCAUGUGCAUCAAGGAGAUGAAGCUCAAAGUCGAUCUCAAGAAGAUGGACAUCCAGAGGAAGAUGGAACACAUGAUGGCCUGGUUUGUGAAGCUGAACCCGCAGCACACCGUGCCAACCCUGGAAGACAACGGCUUCAUCCUGUGGGAGAGCCGGGCGAUCUUGCAGUACCUGGUGAGCGCACACGGCCGGCCUGAGUACGACCACCUGUACCCCGCCAACGACCACCAGAGGCGCGCCACCAUCGACCGACUGCUCCAGUUCGACUUGGUCACACUCAACAGGGCCAUUCUGGAAUACUUUGAGCCAGUGAUCCACCACGGGCACGCGCCCGACGACACCAAGGCCAACGCUCUCAAGCAGUCGCUCGACUACCUGGACCGCUUCCUGGAGGGCCACUACGCCGUGGGCGACCGGUUGAGCAUCGCUGACCUGUCGCUGCUCGCCACCGUCUCCCGCCUGCAGGCGCACAACUACCGCACCGACUCGUACGCACGCCUGCGCACCUGGCAGGCGCACCUGCAGGCGACGCUGCCCUACUACGACGAGUGCAACCGGGAGGGGAUGGAGAUGUACCGCCAGAUGCUGGAGCAGAGGAAGCAGUGAUGGUGGAACAAAGAAGAUGGCGCUGGGGAGCGGUUGGCGGCCAUGAUAAGGUCGUGCUCUUCAAGUUCUCUCGUUAUUUUUUGUGGUAGAGCCAGAGAGGACAGCGAAGGUUUCCUGUGGUCGUUUCGUUAGAAGCGCGCGACACAUGCAUAAAUCAAGCUUUAUCGGUAUGCCAUUUAGAUAAUUAUCGGUACGUCAGUUAGAUAAUUGGGGUCGACGUUUAAUGCACUAAUAAUGAUUUAAGGUGGAUGUUGGGGUCACCGUUCCGUACCCAAAUCAGACAUGACGGCGACCUGACUGAUCUGGAGCACGGGGCUAGCUUUUCUAACCAAAUGCUUCGCUGUUCCAGGCAGAAUUGUUAGUCUAAGGAAACGUGGUAAGACAAGUAAACUUGAAGCAACCUGAUGAAAUCCAUCCCGGUGUUUUCACACGGAGCUGACCGUAUUGCGGCGCUCUUGACGUCGUACCGGCAGACUUAAAGCCGCUGAUGGUGACGGUGCGACUCGUGCUGCCGUUCACGUCAGUCAUUCUGUGCAGGAUAAGCUGCGCGUGUAGUCCAUACCUAUGCAUCAAUUUUAACGAGUCGCUGUGCUUGGCCACGUGUACGUAACUGGUGGCAAGCACGCACAGGGUCGAUGCCGGCUGUUAGCAAUGAAUAGUGUGCGCCUUAAACACGCUUUCAUAAUAGCAAAGGUUUGGAUGUGUCGCAGAUAUCUGGUGUUCACCGGCACUGCAGGAAAAAAUAAGCGUUUCUUGUAAUGCCGGCGUUUCAUGCAACUUCCAUAACCCCACUAUCAUUGUGCAAUCUGACUGCAAGCCUUAGGCGCUGCUUGGAGUGGCCACGAGGAGGCGGACGCUCCCCAAAGUCAGAGUAAUUACGCUGUUUGGAACUGGGUGAAGCGACAGGUUCAAACAUUCAUCUCUCCAAGCUGACAGGACUAACUAAAAAAGCUCGAAAUAAGCGGGACAUUCGUUUUGUAGCUCAAGAUAAGCAACGCUCGAAGACGAUGAUUAAAGACAACGUGCCUCUUUUUUAACAAGUUCGCUCGUGUGUGGCCAACAGUCAUCGCCAUUCGUCUUUCUGCUUGUUGACGCAGGACGUGCCAUUGUGACAUCUAAGCGUGCUCAUUACGAGCGGUGCAGUAGCACUUGUGCAUGGUGCUACACUGUUUCGAACCUGCCAAACACGCGCACGUGGUGAACCUCCGUCCGUGAAACGAAGGCUGCUCAAGAGAGGCCUCCGCAAGCCCCUGUUUUCCUGAUUGCUGUUCGGCGGCUACUUCCGCAUGCACAGACAUGUGGGCACUUCCUUCAUGAUCUACUCAGAACUGACCGCGCACUUGAAACGACUGAGAACUUAUGGUUGACGCGUAAUCAGGUAGAGCGGUUAGUUUUAUGCUUUGAGGAGAAAGUGCGGUGGACAACAGUAAUCGUGCAUUGGAACAUCAAACGUAAGCGGCCCAUUCCAACAUAAUUUUCGCCCCGUCUUGUCAUACUUUGCUUGAAACGUCUCCAAAACUUUUCCGGCGUUUCACGAAAUGCUUUGAAAUGAUAAUAUCUGCCCGGCAAAAAGUGCAGUAACGGCGCUUACGGUAACCAUCACGACUUAUUGGACAUUUGAAGAUGCGCUUAGUAUUUCCAGUCAGCUAGCGUGAAAAGGAUGAUUUUAGGAAGGCUGCAUGCAACGCUGGCAUUGCGUGAAACACCUAGAGUUUUCCUGACUAUGCAAAACGCCUGCAACAUGCGCGUGGGGUCCCGCUCCUCCUCCUCCUCCUCCUCCUCCUCCUCCUCUCCCCCCUCUCUCUCUCUUUCUGUCUCUCUCAUGACAACCCUCCUCUCUUGAGCAUGUUCAAAAACGCAUUAUAGACUAGCCUGGCGGAUGCCCGUACCCAGUUGCCGGCCGCACGCCGAAGCCUUCGAGAUAAUCGUCAAUGGCGCAUUGGGUCAGACACGGGUGUCAGCUGAGUUGAUCCCCUGUCUUGUUAUGUGAAUCGAUUGAGCAGAUUUAAAGCGAAUUUAUAAGGCAAACAUGCAAACAUUUAACGGGGCUGUGUAAGAUUUAUUCCGUCUGCGAAUAUUUGCAUUUUGAUUGACUUAAGAUUAUGAGUCGCGUUUGGGGUGCGGCUUAACAGUCUUGAAAGAAUACAUUAGGAUUGCGGGUGUAUACGUGGAGCAUCCUGAAGUGCCGUGGCGUACAGUUCCGUCACCGCAGUGGAUGGUAAUAACACCAAAGAGUUGUCACCACGCUGACUGUUGCGUGACUCGUCCCAGUGACGCAUUGCUUUGAAUGACACAAUUCACUCCUUCGCUGAUUGUGUAAUGGCUUCGUGUUGAGGUUGUGUGUCUGCUUGCUUCUCUUGCUUUCACACAAGUUCUCCGCAGUACACGCUUGCACUAAUAAGGCAUUACUAUAUACUAUGUCAUUAGCUUGUUCAAUAAAGAGUAGCAAAGAACGGUUUUCGCUUAGUGACACA